CUCCUCCUCCUCCUCCUCCUCCGGCCGCUCCGCUCGCGGCCAUGCUGGGCUGCCAGGGCCAGGGCGGCAUACACGACUUCGCCGUGGGCGCCGGCCUGGGGCCCGAGGCCGUGGCGGGCCUGCGGCGGGAGCUGCUGCACGGCAGCGGCAUCGCGCGGUUGCGCGGCGCCGUGCCCGCCGCGCUGUGCGCGGAGUUGAGGUCCCUCGCGCUGGGCAGGGGCGACGAUCAGCCUUUCGACCGUUGGCCCGGGGUGCGCAGUAAGCGCAUCCGGGACCCGCUGGAGUGGGGCGGCGCGCCGGCGGCGGCCGUGCUGAACGAGCUCGCAGCGCGGCUGGGCCCGCUGCUGGAGGACGUCCUUGGCCCCCGCGCCUGGAUCACCUCCGUCCAGGCCCUGGCGCUGUACCCGACGGCCGCGUCGGCGCUGAGCGAGGCGGACGAGGCCAGGCUGGUCGCGGGGAGCCUGCACUCCGACUACCCCUACGGGGAGUUCAAGGAGGGCAUGGACGGCCUGGCCGCCGCGCGCCCGCAGGACACCAGCGGCUGGCAGUUUCCUGAAGGCGGCGGCGGGUGGCAGUUCCCGGCUGACUUCCACCAGCCGCGCACGCUGCAGUUCACCCUGCCGCUUGACGACUUCACCGCCCGGCGGGGAGCCACGCGGCUGCUGCCUGGCAGCGCGCGGAUCGGGUGCGCCCGCGGCGCUGGCGGCGAGGGGUCGCCCGGUGCCGGGCUGCAGCCGCUGGACGACGCGGCGGCCGCCGGCGGGCUGGGCAUUCGCAUUCCGAGCCCCG